UUCCCAAUUCUUCAGGCUCCAGUCAUGAGCUGUAACACACCUACGAUAAAAUCACAAAGUUCGAAAGGAAAAAGAAGACAGAAUUCAGCAAGAAGUUAAAAUUAAAGUAUAGUCUUCAAGGCCUGAAGAUGUGGAUCAGAGAAGAAAGCAGCGUACGGCUCUUUUCUCAACAAAACCAGACGCUAAAUGGACCACAAAGCUACUUUCGUCCCUCUCACCAUGUCCGUCGCUCUGGGAGACACAUCCACAACCACACUUGGCCGAGCAGCUCACAAGCCUGGCCUCAGGAGAACACGGCACCAUCCUGUUACUUCACCUUCGUCAGUAGAGCUGUGCUGUGGAACAGAGGACUCCACCAACACAAGGAGAUCUUAUAUAAACCGGGUCCUCGGCCCCCCUGCUCACGUUUUGAGGCUCAUAUGAGGGCCUGUCCUGGACCAUCCAGACCACCCUGUUCCCUGAGCAGACUACCCCAAUCAGGUCUUCCUCAAUUACUGCAGAAAAAGAAGAAGAAGAAGCCUCUCAGUGCACCUAAACCACCAGGUAGCACAGAAAAUCAGAGGCAUUUGCAGUGUCUAAGUGAUUACACCAGGAGGCACUUUGCUGAACCUCUCCCUAGUUUACCAGCAUCUCCACAUCCAAGCAUCGCCUCUUCAGACGUCUCUCCCUUCUAUCCAUCACCUCCUGCCCAAUCAGAGACCAACCAAGAAAAAUCUCCAUCUUUCUCUCGCGUCUCUUCGAAGCAGUCUACCCCAGCAGCGCAUGAAGAGGAAGGAAACAGUGCUGCUCCUUCUGCAGAGCCUUUCUCCCCAAACCUUAGCUCUGAGAACUUAGAAGAUCCUGAAGGUCCUGAAGUGACGACCCCGGAGACAAUGACUCCUGAAACCCCUUCAACCCCUGAAACCCCUCAAACCCCAGCGACCCCAAAUUCUCUUUCUGACUUCAGCCACCCUGCGUCCAGUCAAUUCAGCUGUAGGACAGACCUGAGCAGCAGCUUUUCCAAUGCUCACUCAGUAAACUUGAGUGACAACAACGACAGCGACCUUCAAGAUGACCAUGAUGAUGAUGAUGAUGAUGAUGAUGAUGAUGAUAAUGGCAACAGUGAUGACCUAGAGGCCUGCUCUUCCUCCCUGUCUGAACUUCGCUUCAGUUCUCUCAAUGACUCAACCAUGGCCUUUCGUACACCUCCAGUAUCUCCUCAAUGCAGUCUUCCCAAGUUCCUCACCUCUCACAGCUCACAGACAUCAUCCACCAGCUUAAACCCCAAUCAAGAGAGCUUAAAGUUCACCAAUCACCCAAUCCAUGACCAGAACCUUCCAGUGAAACUUACAAACCAAACAAAUAUCGAUGCAUCUCCAAGCCCAUGCCACUCAACUCCUAAAUUUCAGUCUAUAACUCUGCCUUCAUCGUCUCCAGUACAGACUCAGAGUUUUAAAGGCUCAGACUGGAAGGACUUCUACUUGCCUGUACUUCCACCAAUCACACCUCAACAAAGAGGCAACACAGAGGCAGGAGCAUCUCUCAGCUCCCAGAUCAGCUGCUCUCAGUCGGACUUAUUUGCUGAUUUGGACGCUGUGGCUCCUAGAACCGGAUCCUGCCUGUCUGUGGACCACCCUGACUGCAGUGACACCAAUCCCACCUCACCUACCACAGAUGUAAGUCCUGGUUUGGCAGCACUGACUGUUGGCUGUGAUUCGGGUGACCUGGACUCAAUCUCCCGUGUCCAGCUCCUGCUGCUGGAGCGCGUAGCGUCUGUGGAGGAGCUGGAAUCCCCCCCUGAGCUGGACUGGAGCAGCCCGCUGGAGCCCAGGACCCAUUAUGAAGCUGGUCUUCAGGUGUGGAGUGUGGGCAUUCCCCAGCAUUAUCAGUCCACAGGGACCUACACACCAAUGAGCCGUACAAACAGCAGCACGUCCCUGAGAUGUUUCCCAAUUGGUCGGAUGGACAGUCAGAGUGGAAGCCCAGCGCUCUCCCAUAUUGAAGACAUCUCCAGAUCAUCAUCCUCCUGGUCUUUCCACUCAAGCGUUGGAAGUGCUGACAGCUGCAUUUCAAGAGAGAACGCAGAACAUGAGAUAAAAGGAUGGGAGGGGGAGGAGUCAGAGGGAAGUGAUGUCAUGCAUGACGAUCUUCUCCACCUGAGUGCAGAGACAGCAGCAGACGACCCAACAUCUCCACUGAUGGAGGACCCCUCUCUGAAGCCGGGCUGCCCGGCGAGGCGAGAGAGGCCGUGGAUUGGCGCGAGAGGCCGUCACCAUCUGAAAGAGAGGAGGAGGAGGAGACAGAGGAAGGAGCUCGGGGAGAAAGCUGAGGAACGCAAGAGCAAAGCACUGCAGAUUUACUCCAAACUACAGGAAGGAAACGAGGCAGUUCAGCCCAGAGAGCCCAGCAGCUGCUCCAGGUUCGAGGACUUUGAUUUCCUGGCGAAGUAUUGCAUUAUCAGCCCUGAGAAACUCAGAGCUUAUGAAAGUGCUUUUGAAGCGGUGGACAGUGAUGGUGAUGGAUACAUCUCCUGUUUCCAAGUGCUGCUGGCUCUGAAAGAGAUCAUCCCUCCAGAACUGCUGACUGAAGAGGAAGAAAUCUACGUAUACAGGAUUCUGGAGCUGGUUGAUUUCAGGGUGAUGGAGGGUCUAACUGAUCUGAGGCUCUUCGCUGUGGUCGCCAGCCUGGCCCAGAAAAUAGCCACACUGGAUGGCUUCAUGCGUUCCCUUAUCAGCAAGAUGGACUUCCAGUCGCUGGAGAUGAAGCUGUACAAGGCGAAGCAGCUCUUCCUGUUCCUGAUGGAGGGUCAGGGUGGAGGCGCUGCAGCGACGCAGGGCUACAUCAGUGCUGAACAGUUGCUGGUGGAGCUAAAGGCUGGAGGAAUCAGAGAAGAGCAUGAGGCAGCGGUGAGGCGUGAACUCCGCAGUCUUCGCUCUCUCGACCUGCUCGACUUCCUUGCCCACCUGCCUCUCUUCAUCCUCAUCCACAACUCAGUCAUCGCCAACCCUCUCGACGACUCCAGCAACCUGUAAUAACCUGUCUAUACACAGAGACGGAGCCUACAAACUAAGUAUUGCAGUGUGUCCAAUGAAAUCAGAAGAAACCAAUCAGACGAGACAUUUGGUUUGGUAUCCAAAUUUUGAUUAUUUUUUUUAAAGGUCACCUUCCGUCGUUUUUUCUUUCAUUUUAAAAUGUCUAGUUGUGGUCUCUAGUAUGAAUGAAUGACAUGUGAGCCGUUUUUGUAAAAAAAAAAAGUGCUCAGGUGUCUCUGUAUAGCUCUUUUUUAAUGGACUGUUUUAGGGGUGUGUCCAAAAUGACCGGAUUCCAGCUUUGCUCAUGAAUAUUCAUAC